GGCACAGCCACAGCGCGGGAGCCGCCCUCGCCCGGGGCCGCCGCGGGCGCGGAGCCGCAGUGCGCGCUCGGCCAGGUCUCUGAACAACAACUUUUUUACGUGAAUUAACAAAAGUGGAGAAGAGAUGGCCAGCUCAGCCCGAGAACAUCUGCUUUUUGUGCGACGUCGCAACCCACAGCUCCGGUACACUCUGAGCCCAGAGAAUCUGCAGAGCUUGGCCUCUCAGGGCACCAUGGCUGAGAACAUGAACUUGCAGCGUGCCAACAGUGACACUGAUUUAGUGACCUCGGAUAGCAGGUCUAGUUUGACAGCCAGUAUGUACGAAUACACCCUGGGACAAUCUCAGAACCUCAUCAUUUUCUGGGAUAUUAAGGAAGAAGUAGACCCAACUGACUGGAUAGGACUUUAUCACAUAGAUGAGAACUCUCCAGCCAAUUUCUGGGAUUCCAAGAAUCGGGGAGUGACUGGCACGCAAAAAGGACAAAUUGUAUGGCGAAUUGAACCUGGCCCCUACUUCAUGGAAUCCGAAAUAAAGAUCUGUUUUAAAUACUACCAUGGUGUUAGUGGAGCCCUCCGAGCUACUACUCCAUGUAUCACUGUGAAAAACCCUGCUGUGAUGAUGGGAGUAGAAGGCACGGAUGAAGGUGCUUCUGGAGCCCAGCACUCUAGGAAGUUAGUCAGCUUUACCCUAUCAGAUAUUAGAGCAGCUGGACUUAAAAAAGGCAUGUUCUUCAACCCUGAUCCUUAUCUAAAGAUGUCCAUUCAGCCAGGCAAGAAAAGUACAUUUCCUACUUUUGCUCAUCAUGGCCAGGAGAGAAGGUCGACUAUCAUCAGUAACACGACUAAUCCUGUUUGGCACAGAGAGAAAUAUUCUUUUGUUGCACUUCUAACGGAUGUCCUGGAAAUUGAGGUUAAAGACAAAUUUGCCAAGAGCCGUCCGAUUAUCAAGCGCUUUCUUGGGAAGUUAACCAUACCAGUUCAGAGACUAUUGGAGAGACAUGCAAUUGGAGACCAGGUUCUCAGCUAUAAUCUUGGCAGAAGGCUCCCAGCUGAUCACGUUAGUGGGUAUCUCCAGUUCAAAGUGGAAAUCACGUCUUCUGUUCACGAAGAUGCUUCACCAGAAACAGUUGGCACUUUGCUAGGAACAAACUCUGUAAAUGGAGACUUGGGGAGCCCCUCUGAUGAUGAGGACAUGCCAGCAGGACAUGAUACAUCCACAGUGUGUUCCAAUGGUCCAGUGUUUGAGGAAUCUUCUGGAGAUGCAAUACUGAGGCACUCUUUAAGGACUAGUAGGACUCUGGAAAACGACCAGGACGAGCUGACCUCUGGUGCUUCAAGAUCAUCACCUACCAGAGGUCGCCAGGACUCACUAAAUGAUUAUCUGGAUGCAAUAGAACACAAUAACCAUCCUAGACCAGGGACAUCUGCCUGUGGUGAGCGACCACGUGGAGCCUCCCCAAAACUGAGGAGUAGUUUCCCUACUGACACAAGACUUAAUGCUAUGCUUCACAUCGACUCAGAUGAAGAGGAGCAUGAGCUACAUCAAGACCUGGGUUUUCCGUCUUCCUUGGAAGACGAUGGUGGUUUAGUAAUGCUUAAUGGUGCUACAAGAAAUGUUGAAAGAAAUGGUGUGAGUUCCUCAUCAGAUCAGGUAGUGCAAGGGCCUGCAGAGAAUGAAAGCGUUUCAGCCUCUGAUGCUCCUUUGCCAUCAGCUGAUGACCAGCAAGAGACUCUCCCAGAGCUUCCGCUGUCACAGUCGGCAGGACCUGAAAGCCUUCCAGAUUCCCAGACCGAAGCACCAGCAGACCAGGCUGGCAGCGAGUCGUGUGCCGCUCAGGAGGCAGAGCAGCCUCCCAGCGCUGCGGACACGGGAGCUGCUGAUGCCGCUGGUGGGAGCAGAAGGGGUGUUAGUGAAACAGAGUCCACUGAUCAAGGGUCUGAACCUUCCCAGCUGUCAUCAGAAACUGAGCAGAGUGACCCUGCUCGCACAGAAAGCGUCAGCGAGGCCAGUACCCGGCCCGAAGGGGAGAGUGACGUGGAAGGGGCAGACAGCUCUUGCAACGAGAGCGCGACUGUGCGGCGUUCCUCGGUUGAAAUGCGGUGUUCUUCCUGUGAGAGUGCCAGGUUUCCUGAGACUCCAGCCUUUUCUUCUCAGGAGGAGGAAGAGGGAGCUUGUGCCACUGAUGCAGCUAGAGCUGAGCCAGGUGCUGAAACACAGGACUCUGCAAGUACUUCUGGUUCUCUGCCUGCGGUACAGUUACCUCAGGAGGAAGUACAGGAGGCUGAGGCAGGUGAACUGCAAGACCAAGAGGAAGCAGAAGAAAUCUGGCAAAGAAGAAGCCUGCAGGCAGCAGCUGCCCACAGCCAGUCUCAGGAGGAAGAACCUGAAGGAGCCACAGCAGCUUGUGAGGGUGCCACGGCACAGCUUGAAGGAGCUACUGGAGGUUCUCCCACCAAUGGCCAUCAGCCCUUGAGGUCUCUGCCUUCGGUACGUCAGGAUGUUAGCCGGUACCAGAGAGUGGAUGAGGCUCUACCACCAAACUGGGAGGCUCGAAUUGACAGCCACGGACGGAUUUUUUACGUGGACCAUGUGAACAGGACAACGACAUGGCAGCGACCCACAGCCCCCCCCGCCCCACAGAUUCUCCAGAGGUCAAAUUCCAUACAGCAGAUGGAACAGCUGAAUCGCCGGUACCAGAGCAUCCGAAGAACAAUGACUAAUGAAAGGCCUGAAGAGCAUACAAAUGCUGUGGAUGGAGCUACAGAGGAAGCUGACUUUCACCAUUCUAAUGCAGAUUUUCGAAGAGAGAAUGUGCUGCCUCACUCUACCUCCAGAUCCAGACUUACUUUAUUGCUCCAGUCUCCCCCUGUGAAAUUCCUCAUCAGCCCGGAGUUCUUUACAGUGCUGCAUUCUAACCCUAGUGCCUACCGCAUGUUUACAAAUAACACGUGUUUGAAGCACAUGAUCACCAAAGUCCGGCGGGACACCCACCAUUUCGAGCGCUACCAGCAUAAUCGUGACUUGGUGGGAUUCCUCAACAUGUUUGCUAACAAACAGCUGGAGCUGCCCAGAGGUUGGGAAAUGAAACAUGACCAUCAGGGCAAGGCUUUCUUUGUUGACCACAAUUCCCGCACCACGACGUUCAUCGACCCCCGGCUCCCCUUGCAGAGUAGCAGGCCCACUAGUGCGUUAGUCCAUCGGCAGCACUUAACCAGACAACGCAGCCACAGUGCUGGUGAGGUCGGAGAGGACUCCCGUCAUUCGGGACCACCAGUUUUGCCAAGACCGUCUAGCACGUUUAAUACAGUCAGCAGAGCUCAGUACCAGGAUGUGGUUCCAGUGGCUUACAAUGACAAGAUUGUUGCAUUUUUGCGGCAGCCCAAUAUCUUUGAAAUUCUACAAGAGCGUCAACCAGAUCUUACCAGGAAUCAUUCACUCAGGGAGAAGAUCCAGUUCAUCCGGACAGAGGGAACACCUGGGUUGGUGCGUUUAUCCAGCGAUGCAGACCUUGUCAUGUUACUCAGCUUGUUUGAGGAGGAGAUAAUGUCAUAUGUGCCGCCACAUGCCUUACUUCAUCCUAGUUAUUGCCAGUCCCCAAGAGGCUCGCCGGUGUCUUCGCCUCAGAACUCUCCAGGUACCCAGCGUGCCAAUGCCCGAGCUCCAGCUCCGUACAAAAGAGAUUUUGAAGCCAAGCUGAGGAACUUUUACAGGAAGUUGGAGACUAAAGGAUAUGGACAAGGUCCAGGGAAACUGAAAUUAAUCAUCCGGAGAGAUCACUUGCUAGAAGAUGCCUUUAACCAGAUCAUGGGCUACUCAAGAAAAGACCUGCAGAGAAAUAAACUCUAUGUCACGUUCGUUGGGGAAGAAGGGUUGGACUACAGUGGACCAUCAAGAGAGUUUUUUUUCCUGGUGUCCAGAGAGCUCUUCAAUCCGUAUUAUGGUUUGUUUGAAUAUUCAGCCAACGAUACCUAUACUGUACAAAUAAGUCCCAUGUCUGCUUUUGUAGACAAUCACCAUGAAUGGUUCAGGUUUAGUGGUCGGAUUCUUGGUCUUGCUCUGAUACAUCAGUAUUUGCUGGAUGCCUUUUUUACAAGACCUUUUUAUAAAGCCCUCCUCCGAAUACUCUGUGACCUGAGUGACCUGGAAUAUCUCGACGAGGAGUUUCACCAGAGUUUGCAGUGGAUGAAAGACAAUGAUAUACACGAUAUCCUAGAUCUCACAUUCACUGUAAAUGAAGAGGUUUUUGGACAGAUCACAGAACGGGAACUAAAACCAGGAGGUGCCAACAUCCCAGUCACUGAAAAGAACAAGAAAGAAUACAUAGAAAGAAUGGUGAAAUGGAGAAUUGAGAGAGGAGUUGUACAACAAACAGAAAGUCUAGUUCGUGGUUUCUAUGAGGUGGUUGAUGCAAGGCUGGUGUCUGUAUUUGAUGCCAGAGAACUGGAACUGGUUAUAGCUGGAACAGCAGAAAUUGACUUGAGUGAUUGGAGAAAUAAUACAGAGUACAGAGGAGGUUAUCAUGACAAUCACAUUGUAAUUCGGUGGUUCUGGGCUGCUGUGGAAAGGUUCAAUAAUGAACAACGACUAAGACUUUUACAGUUUGUGACAGGCACGUCCAGUAUUCCUUAUGAAGGAUUUGCCUCUCUGCGGGGGAGCAAUGGUCCAAGACGGUUCUGCGUGGAGAAGUGGGGGAAGAUCACUGCUCUUCCAAGGGCUCACACUUGUUUCAAUCGUCUGGACCUCCCCCCUUACCCAUCAUUCUCUAUGUUAUAUGAAAAACUGUUGACAGCAGUUGAAGAGACAAGUACUUUUGGACUGGAGUGAUACACAAACCACAGUGCCCAGCUCAUUGGACUUUUGUGGAUCUGUCUUCUCAAGGAAUGAAUGAACUUUUGUAUUGGAUUUCCUAGAGGAAAAUUGUUUCAUGGUGCAAUUCAAAUAAUGAGGUUCCAAGAAAGAGCUUAAAGCAAUUAAAAAGCGUUGUGGUAGUGGCAGAAUUCUCUACAGUGAAACUAGAGUGUGCCUGAUGUGCAGGGAGAACCAAGUCUUGCAAUCCAUGGUUUUUCCACGCUUCUUUAAUUUACGUUCUGAGCAAACAAGAAACGUGAUGCCAUGUUGUGAUCAAUCUGGCUACUGCAAAACUGACAUGUACCCAAACACUGGAUUUCAUCAAAGUUGUUGAAUAGAAAAUUCAAGUCAAAAUGUGAAAUCAUUCAGCCCCUUAUCUACCCAGUAAAUUAUAAAAAAAAAAAGCAUACAAAUGAAUUUUAUUUUUUUUUUAAUUCAUGAAGGUACAUUACUUUAUGCCAUAUUUUGUAAAAGCAUAUCCAGCACUUGCUUACCUAAGACUACGAGUGCCUGCAUGGGGUGCACCAUAGAGCUCAAGUUCCUGGGGCAGAAGUGAAUUGGAAGGCAAGUCAGCAACAAAGGACGUAACAACAGCUUGCAUUAAGGAGGUUUGUGGAAAUGCAUUUGCCAGUGGUGUGUAUGACAAAAUAUGAGCUGUUACAAUGAACUUAAUAACUUAAUAAGACUGAUUUUGUGCUUUAUACUGCAUGGAAACUAUUUUAAGAAGAAACUAGCAAUUUAUCACAUCAUAUCAGGAAAAAAC